GAAGUUCAUUUCAAUAUUACGGCUAUAAUUUAUCAAUUAUUAUAGAUUUAUGAAUUAAAAACGAGCUUCCCUUUUUUUCUUAUAAUCAACUAUAAGAAAAGGAAACGACGGAACGAUGAUAAGUAUAAUCUCUACAAAAUGAUGGCAAAUGGUAUUGUUUGGCGUUCUUUUCAGAGCCGGUCGCUGUUCCAUACAUACUCUCUAAUUCUAUUUCCAAAAAAACAAAGUCGGCCAGAAGGUUUUAUCACCAAAGAACAAAUGAGCGAGUUGGCAUCCUUUCUCAAGCAAAAUUGGAAACCAACAAAAGACCAAGUGGAAAUCAAGUUUGCUCGAAGCAGUGGACCUGGAGGACAAAAUGUAAACAAACUCAAUACCAAAGUUACGGUCUCAUUACCUUUGGAACACCUGCGUUCUGUUGUCCCAUCAUUCCUACUUAAACAUUUUUAUUCGUGUCAAGAGCUACGACGGUUUCGAGUGGAUAACCAGCUACAAAUUCAAUCCCAGAGAACUAGAACACAAUCCAAAAAUGUUCAAGAUGCACUGUCUCGAAUUACUAAUUUGCUUCAUGAAGUAGCAAAGUCUCUCUAUAUCGCUCCAACGUCGCCUGAAAAGGUACAGCGGAUUACGGCUCUAAAAGAGAACGCGAAAAAUAAACGUCUCCAGGAGAAGAAGAAAAAGAGUAUGAAGAAGUCUUCUCGUCGAAUCUCUAUUGAUUGAAGCCUUUUCCUUUCAGCGUACCCAUUAUUCACUCCUUCAUCUCUACUCCAAUUUUAACAUAACGAAUUUGAUAAUUUAUGAAAUGUUCGAGACUUUUCUUGUCUUUUAAUCCUACGUAAAUAUCGAUUGUUUACUUUUUGGAGUUUGUAAUAUAUUACAUUAUAUAAUUCUAGACUUGUUUUGAUAUGCCCCCCGGCUUGAACAAAUACCCUUUUCCUGC